UCUAAAUUGUUCAUUGUAGUGAUCAUUUGUUGGGUACCGAGUCUCAUAGUUGGUGCUUUGCCUUCAUUAUCACCUCCUGUGUGCUGGGCAUCACACUGGGUGCUGAGAUAAAAUCAGAGAACCAGUCCCUGCUCUGCCUGUGAGGAACUUAGGCCAAGUGUUAUUAUCCCCAUUUUAUGGAUGUGGAAACUGAGGCCCAGAGGGGUUACGUGAUUUGCCCCAAUGGGCACCUUGGCUGUGCCCUGCUGAUCCCCAGAUACCCUCUCACAGCACCUUUCUCAUCUCUUAACGUUCGUGUUCUGCUUUGUCACUGUAAGUUGUUGAAUCUCAAAGGCAUGAGGGCCUGUGGUCCAAGGGUGGAUGUGGAGCCGCAAGACAGAGUCGUGGGAACUGCAAGCCCCUUAACCUCGUCCGACCUGGUUUCCUCCCUCCUCUGAACACAAGGACGAUGAUCUGUGCCCUGUCUGCCUCCCAGGGCUGCGGGCAGCCUGUGAGGGAUGCAGUCGCCCCACACAAAGCCUCACAGCCACUAAGUGGCCUGAGACACAGCCGCGUUGCUCCCCAGCGUUAGCAGAAAGGCGGCCAGGGCUUCGCGAGGUUCCGAGGGCCCGCCCUGUGGCUGAAGCGCCGCCUUGUGGCUGAAGAGCAUACUGGCUUCCCCUGGGUCGGGAAAUGGCUCCAGUCCCUUUCAUCCAGGAUCCAGAUUAGGAAAACAUCCCCGACAUUCCUGGCAUCAGACAGAUCUGGUUCCUUGAGGUGAAAUUGGUGAAAUUUAACCAAGUGCACUGCAAGCUUCUUGGCAGACAAGUUCCUCCCCGGGACAGCAAAGCCAGGAAUCUGGUGCAUUUAGUAACCCCUAAGAAGUGUCACCGGGGGAAGGGCUGCUUCUUCUCCAAGGCGAGUUUUCCAGCAGGGCGCAGGCCAGGCUGCCAUGCAAUGAAGAGAUGGAGGCUGGUGGAACCGGUCUGGCUUUGUGUUUCCCAAUGUUGUAUUUAUGUAAUCCUUUUGGUCAAGUGUCGCUAAAUGUUCUGUCCCUAAACCUCCUCAUGCUGUUGCCUCCACGGACUGCAGAUGACUGCCCACUUGUUCGUGCUUUCUUACCCGUCAUUUUCUUUCUGUCGGCCACUAGCUAAGGAGCACAUACGGCGUAAUCGGCAGAGUCGGACCUUUUUGGUGGAGAAUGUCAUAGGAGAAAUCUGGUCCGAGCUGGAGGAAGGUGACAAGUAUGUGGUCGUGGACAGUGGCGGGGGCACCGUAGACCUGACCGUCCAUCAGAUACGCUUACCGGAGGGACACCUGAAGGAACUGUAUAAAGCAACAGGUGGACCCUAUGGAUCCUUAGGAGUAGAUUAUGAAUUUGAAAAACUUCUGUGUAAAAUAUUCGGAGAGGAUUUUAUCGAACAAUUCAAAAUCAAGCGUCCCGCGGCCUGGGUUGACUUAAUGAUUGCAUUUGAGUCUCGUAAAAGGGCAGCAGCCCCGGACCGAACAAACCCACUGAACAUCACCCUGCCCUUCUCCUUCAUUGACUACUACAAGAAGUUCCGCGGGCACAGCGUGGAGCAUGCCUUGAGGAAGAGCAACGUGGAUUUCGUGAAGUGGUCCUCACAAGGGAUGCUGAGGAUGAGUCCAGAUGCCAUGAAUGCUCUUUUUAAGCCAACCAUUGACAGCAUCAUUGAGCAUCUCCGGGACCUGUUUCAGAAGCCUGAGGUGUCCACUGUCAAGUUCCUCUUCCUGGUGGGAGGCUUUGCGGAGGCGCCCCUCCUGCAGCAAGCGGUCCAGGCUGCCUUCGGCGACAAGUGCCGCAUCAUCAUCCCCCAGGACGUGGGCCUCACCAUCCUCAAGGGCGCCGUCCUCUUCGGCCUGGACCCCGCGGUCAUCAAGGUGCGCCGGUCGCCGCUCACAUAUGGGGUGGGCGUGCUGAACCGCUAUGUGGAGGGCAAGCACCCACCCGAGAAGCUGCUGGUGAAGGACGGUACUCGCUGGUGCACCGAUGUCUUCGAUAAGUUCAUCUCCGCCGACCAGUCGGUGGCCCUGGGGGAGCUGGUCAAGCGUAGCUACACCCCGGCCAAGCCUUCCCAGCUGGUCAUCGUCAUCAACAUCUACAGCUGCGAGCACGACGACGUGAGCUUCAUCACCGACCCGGGGGUGAAGAAGUGCGGCACGCUCCGCCUGGAUCUCACAGGGACCAGCAGCACAGCCGUGCCCGCCCGGAGGGAGAUCCAGACCCUCAUGCAGUUCGGGGACACAGAGAUCAAGGCCACGGCCGUCGACAUAGCCACCUCGAAGAGCGUCAAGGUUGGGAUUGACUUCUUAAAUUACUAACAGACCCGCCCCGCCGCCUGCGAACCCCGCCCCCACCCCUGGACUCUGUUCCCCUGCAUCUGCUGACCUCAACCCUGACUCUUCUUUCUCUGUCCUUGACCUUCAGCAUCGCCCACCUGAAUUUCAGCAGGGAAGAUGGGAACGACUAGGGCUAGAAACAGUUAGGGAUUUUUGAGGGCACACUGGAAUCAGAAAAAACUGUCGGAAGUUUGGGAAUAAGAAAUCUGAGGAUCCUGGAAGAGCAGCUAGUUUUCAUAGGUGCCCAGUGGUGAGACAGCCACCCGACAAGGGAGUCAGUCCGUUUCUGCAGCGGCGAUUCAGCUUGCUUUGAACGGAUCUCUGUUAGGAUGCCCUAAUCUAUUUGAGACUUUUCUUUUUACGUUUUUUUGGAUGGCAGUCAAUAUAAAAUGCUGUCCAUCUGCAGUUAAUUUCUUUUCAUCAUCAUGUGAUUAAAAGCGGUGAUUCAGUGGGAGCUGGGAGCAUGUGCAGCUGGUGGGAGAGGCCUGCCCACGCUGGGCACUAUUUUAGGUUCUCAUAAUUUCAAUUCUGAAUAGCUUCAGUGAGGAGUAACUAUCGCCUGAGCUAAUCUACUAGGAUUCGAGUGAGUGGGAGAGCUGAUGCCCUCACUUUUCAGCAGGUGAAAGCUGGCUUCGAGCGAAGUGGGUGGUUUAGGCGCUGCUGACUUAUCCCAAAUCAUACGCUGGGACAUCAUUCCCCGGAUGCCAGAUCCUGAUUUCUGAAUUCAUAAAAUAACUCAAGUUAACCUUAGUAGGCUUCUGUGUGAGGAAAUGGGCUUGCAGUUUGCCUUGUUCACAUCACCAAGCCCGGGAAUCUGGAACAGCCCCUCACCUUGACAAGGGUCCAUAUUAUAAAUUACCUCCCUUCUCCCCCUCAUCUCCCAAAGAGUUUUGGCCCCGCAUUCCCACAUUUCAAAAAGAAUACAUUGGUGAUACAUGGGUAGAGAAUCUGUACUAUGAAAUGUUUCACUAAAAUCUUCAGUUUUUUAGGCGUAUCUAAAAGGAAUUCAUAGAUUUGUACUUGAUGAAUUCAGCCAGGUCGGUUCAAAGCUGAUCUGUGGAUCCCCUUGUGAGAACUGCCUGGGUGCCUCUUAAAAGCAGGUUUCUGGAUCCUAUUCCUUUUACAAAUUGAAUUUGGGUCUUGGUGGGGGAGGAGGGGACCAGCAUUUGCAUUUUCAGUAGACACCACGGGGGACUCUGGUUCCAUGGGAAUCUGAGAACUCCUAACUUGAGGUUUUGUUGGAAGCUGAAGCACACACCAGCGCCUGCAGUCUCCCCCUUGGGGAGAGGGAUUUUCAAGUGAAGAACCGGGGUCCCACACUCUGCCCUUUGUGAGUGGGGCUGGGGCUCCACCAGGCUUGGGGGUGGCGCUUUUAGCCCUCACAGGAAUAGCCUGCAAAGGAGGAAGGUCGGAAGAAAGGGACCCUAAGAACAGAUGAGGAACCAACUGGUGUCUCUGCUGGAACUCAUUCCUAUUUGAAAUCCCUGGAGGCAUGCAUAAUAAACGAAGGGAGGAUGAGCUAAGGAACUCACUUCGAAGGCAAGCUGGAUUCACAAACCCAUUACCAUAGCCAAUAUGCAGAUUCGAAAUAGCAUUUCCAGUUUCAUUUGAACAUGUCUUUCCACACCGCCUGCUGCAGAAUUCCCUGCUAGAAUGUGAAACACGAACAAACCACUGACCUAGAGAAUGCUAGUCAUGUAACUUAACUUCGUAGCAGGAUUGCGCAUCCAGGCACAGAGGUGUGUUUGCUGGGGUUCUCUUGCUGCCUGCUCUGCUUCAAAAGCUAAGUGUUCUGGGUCUUUCUUUGGUGUUGCCAGCCAUACUCUGCAAAUAAGACUUCUCAAUUUAGUUAUAAGUAAUAUAAUUUUAUGUACAUACAGUAUUAGAAUAUUGUACAGAAUCUUUAUUUCUACAAUGUGCUUUGUUAAAAAAAAAACCAAAAGGAAAAUGCUCUUUGAAUUUUGUUGAUGACAUUGCUGCCUUUAAUUUCCCAUGGCUUCAUUUUUUAAUUGCGCUUACUUAUCCAUUUGUACCCGAUACUAAGCUUAUGGACUAUGUAUGCGAGACUGAGCAAGAGUCAGAGGUGCGGAGGCUCCGAAUACUCUGGAAAAAAAAAAGGGACAACAGCUGGAUCAACAGCUUCGUCAGACCUUGCUUCACUCACAUCCUUCCCAGAAGCUCACAGUUUACAUUGAAAGGAGCAUUAAUCAUGUAUCGAUUCUCCUGUCCAGUCUUUGAGAGCUGAACAUUCUGGUUCUGUACGCCACGUGACUGUGCAGGACGACCUACGAAAACUCUCUGCGUCCCUGCAGGGUUGUCAGCUUCUUGUGGGGCAGAGCUGGGUCACUCUGAUGGCCAGAUGUGGUCCCCAUGUGCCGUGUUGUCUGCACAAGAGGGUUCCAGGAAGGAAUCAAGUGGGGCACAAAUCCAGCUGUUCCACUCGAUUAAGUGUAAGUGUGAGUAAUUUAGUGAAGUCUUUUUUUUUUUUUUUUUGGCUAAUGUAAGACCUUUCCCACCUUGCACUGAGGCUGUCUCCUUGUCUGAUUUCUCUUUAGCGAGUUGGUUGAAUUCUGCGCUGUUGGCAAGCAGGUGAUGGAGAGGGGUGAUAACUUUACCGGACUUUCUUCUGGCCCCAGAAAUGCAGCCCCAAUAGUCGAGCUUCUUAAAGGGAAGCCCCCAAUCCAUCCCUCCUCUCCCUCCUGCCCCCGGAAAUACUGUAGAAUGAGAACACUGGAUAAAUACACGUGGACACAUUUUCUAAUCUUAGAAAGUUUCUAAAAGGCCUGUUCUCUUGACCAUUACUCAGCUGUCCCUGGAGUAUUAUCUGAUGUUCAUGUUUUGGAAGCAGACCUGUCAAAGGAUCACCUUUCUAACUGCCCUCUCUCUACACAGCAGGCAUUAGUAAAUGCUGAAUGACAGACAAGUCACAGACAGACAAGAUAGGAGAGAGAAGGAGACAUACAGGCACUCACGCAGAGUUGAAGAUUGAGUCUGGAUUAUGAUUGAGUCCAGAUUGCAGAGCCUGCCCGCCCCCUAGGAUGUUAUUUAGAUCAAGUUUAGCUUUUAGAGUCUAGGUCUGGUUAAUUGCCAGGGUGGCAAAGAAUCGCAUGCGCCAAUAUAAACAGGAGUCCAAAUGCAUUAUUAGUCGAAGAUCAAAUUUCACACUGUAGAGUUGAAGUAGCUGUGAGUAAGCUGCGUAUUUAUGCUGGGAAAUGACUAAGUGGAUGACUCGUAUAAAAGUUGUUGUCCGUUACGUCACACCUCUCAUCUGCUUGGAACAUGGAACUUUAUUCUAAAAUAUCAGCCACUGGGGUCUUGUUCACUACAAGAUAAAUUCACACUCCACAGAACUUCACAGCUGUUCACAACUUGACGAGACUGUACCUGCAAACUCUGUCUUCACAGACGUCUAAUAAAGCAAAAACUCUGGA